AUGAUGCAGCGUGGAACCAACAAYCCCAAAAUGAUCUUUAACAAGAAUGCAGUUUGUGUCCCCACUGAAACUGGUUUCCAGUGUGAGUGUGAAGAGCAGUUUGCUUGGCCGUACAGCACCUGCAUCGCAUAUGGAGCUUGUGAUUUCAUAUCCAGCGGCGUCUGCAAAUGCAUCUCAGCGAUUCCAGCUGACGGCUCUUCCUGUCAGCUGAUCUCAGAGCUGCUUGUUCAGUCUAAAUAUGAGGUUGAAGUGGAGCUGAACCUAACGGAURAUGAAACAGUGGAAUUCCUCAGGAAUCUUCUGAACAAUGGCAGCUUCUUUACCUUGAACCCCACAGUGAAUGUCACACAGAUCGACCUCACCACAGUUUGUUCUCCAAUCAGUGGUGAUUACCAGUGCAGAUGUGAGGAUCAGUAUCGUUGGCCAUGUGACCAGUGUGUAACAUAUGGAUCMUGUGACAACAUCACUGGUGACACAUGUGGAUGCAUCAGUGGCAUUCCUGCUGAUGGACAGUACUGCCAGGCUGAGGAUCAAUACAACUUUACACCCUGUCCUCCAACAACAGCAAUAACUCUAACACGUACAACCUCCACAGUGCCAGCAGUCAUCCAUCGAUUCAUCAUUUCUGUUGAUCUGACGACCACAGAUGCUGGAGUCGUAGAGCAGCUGAGAAACAUCAGCUACCCCAUCAGCCUCAGUGAAAGCGUCCAGCUCUCUACUGUGAACAUUUCUACAGUGUGCUCCCCCUACAAUACCAGCUACCAGUGCAGAUGUGAGGAUCAGUAUGGUUGGCCUUGUGACAUGUGCUCCACUUAUGGCCAAUGCAACAAUGUUCUGGACAGUACCUGUGGAUGCAUCAAUGCACUUCUUCCAAAUAAUACUUACUGCCAGCCACUAUCAGAUCUUGAUGUUUGUCCAACACCAACUCCUAGUGGUUCAAUACCAGCUCCCUCAACAUCUGCAAACAUUACCACGACUGUACCAACAACUAAUGAGACGGCUCCGACUCCAUCUGCUCCUACUACAACCUCAAUACUUGUAACAAAUUCAACACAAGCCACCACUAAUGCAACAACAACACCAUMUAUGACAACUGCUGUGACAACUUUUACUAAUGGAACAACGAAUACAACAGCUCCAGAGACACCACUUAUUGCAACUACACCUCUACCUCCUCCAACUCCAACUUCAACAGCUGUAACAAGUAAGUCUCUAAGAAGUAGCUAAAAUAUUAUCUGUUAAUGCCUAUAGGAAGAGGCAUUAAAACUAUAUAUUAAAACUGAGAAAAGUGUCAAUUUUAAUACUUUUCUCCUCUAGAUUCAACACAAGACACCACUAAUGCAACAACACAUAUGACAACAGCAGUGACAAGUGAAGUUUUUUACAAAACAGUUACGGAGUAGCCUGUAGAUUGGCUGAAUAGAUUAGA